AUGGAGCGUGGCACCAACAACAUGCUGUAUGACUGCCUGGUGAGGGUGGGGGGGGGGCUUGGAAAACUGCAGAGCAGCGAGGUGGACUACGCAUGGCCGCGGAACUUGGGUGUCCUCAUGCUGGAUUUUCCUGACAAUGCGGUGCUGAAUGGGAUCAUUGCGGGCUCCAAAUCUCCCUUUAAUGGGUGCAAUACACGCAUCGACGGCACAUGCUUCUGGAUUUCAUGUCCUUCAUGCAUCGCCGGGGAUGUGGACGUGACGACUGGAAGCCGCGGCGCCGUUGCUGUUCGUGACGUGGAGGUGGUAGAUCGCAUCCCUGGCACCCAGGACGGGGAGUGGUGCCAAGUGGUGGCCGCCGAGCGCAUGGCUGACAACGGCACCGCGUUCGGCAACUUUACCGACGACCACUUUGUUGUUGAGCCGGCAGGCGAGCGGGGGUGGCGUCGAGUCCCGGCAGGUGGACCUUGUCAACAUCGCGACGACGUGCCCCGCGGCUCGCGCCACGAGCGGGGAGCUCUUCACGCCGCUGUCCAAUGUGUUCUGCAAGCAGCUGACGUGGGACCAGUACAUCCCGCUCUAUGCCGCCCUCAUGCGCAUUAUGGCGAAGACGGGUGCGUUUUGGUUUGA